CCGAGAUUGAAGUAGUGUCGAAACCCCCCCGUCGCCAAGCUGGAGCGUCUGUCAACAUCCUCCGAGGGGCGGUCCAAAAAAGUCAGCAUAAUAGGACCCCCAUUUCGCCGCUCCGCUAUGGAGAGCAAGGAGACCACCAGCAUCAAACGGCCGGCGGACACCACGGAGGAGGAGGACGUGCGGAAGGGGAAGAAAAAGCGAGGCAAAGUCUGGAACCCUGAAGUGAAGAACUGGCCAAAGGUGGAGAAUGAGGAGGAGGAGGCUGGAAAUGAGACCAAGGAGGAACCCAAGACAGAGAAGACAGAGAAAGAAGAGGAGACGGCCGAGGCGGAGCAGGACGACCCCACAGUGGGACUGGAGGGUUCGGCAUUCCAGAGUCGCAUGCCUGCCGACAAACUGACCACGCUGGAAGGCUCCCUCUUCUCAGACAUUGUGAAGAGUUCUCCCCACACCCACCGCCUCUUCCUCCACAUCAGGAACAGGAUACUACAGAUGUGGCUGGAGUCCCCCCUGCAGGAGUUGACUUAUGAGGGGAUCAUGUCUGGCCUGGAGGCGCCGUUUAACUCCGAGGGUGUCCUGUGUGCCCGCAUCCAUGCCUACCUGGAGCGCCACGGCUACAUCAACUUUGGCAUUUUCAAGCGGGUGAAGCCACUGCCGCAGAAGAAGUACGGCAAUGUGAUAGUGAUCGGCGCUGGCAUUGCAGGACUCGCAGCUGCUCAGCAACUCAACUCCUUCGGCUUUGAGGUCAUCGUGCUGGAGGCCAGGGACCGUGUAGGGGGAAGAAUUGCCACAUUCCGCAAGGGUCCUUACAUUGCCGACCUUGGAGCCAUGGUGGUGACUGGCCUCGGGGGUAACCCAGUCAAUGUCCUGUCCAAACAGAUCAACAUGGAGCUGGUGCGGAUCAAGCAGAAGUGUCCCCUGUAUGAGUCCAACGGCAACACAGUGCGGAAGGACAAAGACGAGAUGGUGGAGCGAGAGUUCAACCGUCUGUUGGAGGCCACCAGCUUCCUCUCCCACCAGCUGGACUUUAACUACAUUGACAACCGUCCCAUCAGCCUGGGCGAGGGACUGGAGUGGGUCAUCAACCUGCAGGAAAAGCACGUCAAGGAGAAGCAGGUGACCCACUGGAAGACUGUUGUUAAGCUGCAGGAGAAGCUUAAGACAGUACUCAAUAAGCUGCUGAAUUUGCACGAGAAGAUAGCCGUGCUGCAUAAGGAACAUGGGCAACUCACUGAGAAACGCAACUCAAGGAACAUCACCAAUGAGUUUGUGUAUCGUGUCAAGCUGCGUGAACUCCAGAAUUCAUGCAAGGAGUGGGACCAACUGGUGGAGCAGCAGCGGGAGAUUGAGGACAAGCUGCAGGAGUUGGAGGCCUCGUCCCCCAGCGAUGUGUACCUCUCCUCCCGGGACCGCCAGAUCCUUGACUGGCACUUCGCUAACCUGGAAUUUGCCAACGCCACGCCUCUGAGCAACCUUUCCCUCAAGCACUGGGACCAAGAUGAUGACUUUGAGUUCUCCGGGAGUCAUCUCACAGUGAGGAAUGGCUACUCCUGUGUGCCGGUGGGCCUCAGUGAAGGUCUGGACAUUCGCCUCAAUACUGCCGUUCGCAAGAUUACGUAUACCAACAAUGGGGCAGAGGUCACUGUGUCCAAUGCUCGCAACCACUCCAGCCCUGCCACUAUCAAGGCUGAUGCAGUGUUGUGCACGCUGCCCCUUGGAGUCCUGAAGCAGUCCAUCGGCACCAACCCGAGUGCACCAAACACUGUCUCCUUCAACCCUCCACUGCCACAGUGGAAGGUGGACGCCAUCAACAGGCUUGGCUUUGGCAACCUCAACAAGGUAGUGUUGUGUUUUGACCGGGUGUUCUGGGAUCCAAACUCCAACCUGUUUGGCCACGUCGGCUCCACCACAGCAAGCAGAGGGGAGCUAUUCCUGUUCUGGAACUUGUACCGAGCACCCGUCCUGCUGGCGCUGGUGGCAGGGGAGGCAGCGGCCAUCAUGGAGAACGUGAGUGACGAUGUGAUUGUGGGACGCUGCAUCGCUGUGCUCAAGGGCAUCUUUGGCAACUCAGCUGUACCUCAGCCCAAGGAGACGGUAGUUACACGAUGGAGGGCUGACCCCUGGUCCCGAGGCUCCUACUCCUUUGUCUCCACGGGGGCGUCUGGCAAUGACUAUGACAUCCUGGCAGCUCCCAUCGCUCCACUCCAGCCUGGCCAAAGUGGCCAGACUCCUCCCAGUGCUUCAGACGCCACACCUCCACCUCGCCCCAGACUUUUCUUUGGUGGAGAACACACCAUCAGGAACUACCCCGCCACGGUUCACGGAGCCUUCCUCAGUGGGCUGCGGGAGGCCGGCCGCAUCGCCGACCAGUUCCUAGGAUGUCCGUAUGCUGCCCCACCACCGCCUCCCACCAAUGGCUCAGCUAGCGUGGAGACAUGAAGCAGCUCUGGUCACUUCGUCUUCAGGAAUGAGGAAGUCAGCACCGAGGCGAGUGGAUGAAGUGAUGAAGUGUUGUGGUGGUGGUGGUGCCCCCGGGGCAGCACCAGGCAGCAGGAAGUGAGAGUCUCACCUUGUGUUAGGUGGUGUGAGCAGACAGCAUAGGUUUGAGGAGUACACUCAUUAAGAUAAGUUCAUAAUUUAUUCCAUCUUGUUUCACUAAUGUGCAACAGGUCACAGUGGAACUUUGAUAUAUGAAACUAGAUAAUUAAGUGUAACUUCUUGUUGUUCAUUGUCAGAGUUCAGAAUACAUGUGUACAAAUAUUUGAUUACAUUUGUAGUAAGUAUGGUUUCUUACACCUCAUAAUGAUUGUAUGAGACUGACCCUACUUCAUUACACUAUGUGGUUUUACAAAAGUAUUAUAUUAAGAAUAAAUAUAAGUCUGUCACUACAUGUAAAAUACCCUCUGCCAGCCAUUGCCCCACCUGGUCUGCCCCAGCGAGGCUCACCAGGGACUUGAGACACACUGCCACUAAUACACUUAAUACAUAAAAUAUCACAUCAGAACAGCCUGUUUUAUGAAAGGUAAUGAUAAAUAGUUCCACUUUGAAAAAAUAUAUUAAAUUGUGUAUUGGAUAUGGUUAAAAAUGACUUUUCAACAUUUCAUUCAGUGCAUGAUGAUCAAAUAUGUAAUCAUUUAUGAAACAGUAAGUAGUUGAUUGCAUAUAAAAAUUUGUGGCAGUGUUGACAUCUAGAAACAGGAGUUUGAAUUCAGCAUCUUGUAUCUCAGGAAUGCAAGGGAGGUAGAGUAUGUGUGUUCUUCAUAUUACCUGAAGGUUGUGUAAGACAAAGAAAAGGAAAAGAGAUAAAUAGAGAUAAAUAAACAUAUUGUUCAAAGCACAGAUUGUUCAAAGCCAGUGAUGCAAGAUUAGUUCUAGAUUGUCUUUUCACUUCACUUCUUUCAUUUAGUUGGUCUUAUUCUGUUCACUGUAUACAUCACCUUCCAUGUGUCAGCCAAUGUAUUUCUUUACAACACAUUUCAGUGAACAUUUCCCUCACCAUGUUGUACUUUCGACUCCUCUGCAUGGUCACCCCGCUCAUCACUAACUUCCAACUCAUCAGCGUGAUCCAGGAGGUACUGCAGCUCCCUGAAUGGAUUGCAGUGGUCAGGUGCUAGCUUAUACAGGGGCCAGUAAGUUGGAUAGAAGCAUGAUUCAUCAGCAAGUUUCUUUAACUCCUUCAGAACAUCAUGAGAGGCCCAUAAGAGAUCCAUGUAUGUUGAGAUGCUUCCCACUUUCCCUAGUCCCAGGCUAUGUAAGUAGGUAUCAAGUGUUGUCGAGACAAACAUGAAGACAGAAGAGUAAGCAGUGUCAUAGCGAUAUUUCUCCCACAAGUGAGAUUGGAAGAAUUUCUUUAAAACACGUCUUUUCUGAUGAUACAUCCUCUUAAACCAGUUUGAGGCGUCAGCUAGUUGUCUCUUCCGUCUGGAGAGUACCCUGGUAUGUGAUACAUUCUGAGAGGCAGCUGUCAAUUGUCUCUUCCUUCUAGAGAGUCUCCUGAUGUGAGACAUGCCCUGGGAGACUCCUCUUCUUCCUCUUAUCCAUGAUGGGUGUAUCACAGUCUUCCCAGCAGCCUUGUGUUGCAAUGGUCUGAGGGUCUUUGGUGGUGCUGUAGCUGCGGGGUAAGCGCUGGCCACCACACAGCACACCACUACAAGGAGAGGCACGGGUAUACUGUGAAUCCUUGCCAUGCCUGCUCUGGAUGAGUGCAGCUGAUGUACUGACAGGCAGCUGUGGCUUCUCCAUGUUUUAAUGUCUGGAGGUGUGCCUGAGGCCCUUAGGGAUUGCUCAGGUCAGGGGGAGGUGGUCUACUCUAAUUAAUGUAGACACACCUCAUAGCUGCCUGUCUUUUUUUUUUUUUAUUAUUAUUAUAUUCAUGAAAAAUUAUACAUACCUGCAUUUCCAUCAGUUUGCUUUUACUUUUACCUGAGGCAUUCCUUAAUGAAAUCUCCCCACAGUAAUCAAUGAGCCUAGUUUUGCCUUCUGUCACAUUUCAUUGUAUCAAGAUUGUUUUAAUUUUGCAUCAGUGUUUCAUUAAAAUAUAUGAUUUUUGGAGUUUGUGUGUGUGUAUAGAUAGGGAGGGGAAGGAAUAAGUAAUUAGGGUAGGUAAUUUUAGGAUUAAACAGAGGAAUGCACACCUCUACAUGUUGACUUGCCCCACACAGCCUUCUGUUGGUGGUGGUGGAAUGUCCUGCUUUAUCACUCAAGUUCAUAUCUCUUGCUUUAUUUGUUUAAUUUUAUUCCUUUUACUUGUAUAUAGGGGGGAAGAGAGAGAGAGAGAGAGAAUCAGGUGGGGUGCUAUAGACAAAAGCAUGCAUCAAACAACAAAAUAUUAAAAACCGCGAAUGUGUAUGUAUAUUAAAGUUUGCUUUUGUUUGCUGUCAUCUCUUUACUUCUUAAACUAAAAUUAAACCUGAGACAAAGUG